AUGCCUGGAUUACCCGGCUUUUCUGAUAAUCCCUUCCGGGAUCGUCAUGAUCUUAUACGUGCAGCCACCGCUAUUAUCAAACCAUUGGGGCAAUACAGGUCCAAGUCCAACGCUCGCGUGAAGCUAUUUCCAUCGACUGCUGCGGCCUUUGACGAUGUCGCCGCCCAGCUUGAAGGUUUUGCUCGUCCACUAUGGGCAAUAUCAAGCCUCGUGGAUAAAUCCACAGACCCUUCACUGCGUUCCUGGCUCCGCGGCAUUGAGGCUGGUGUCGAUCCAGAGAAUCCCGAAUACUGGGGUCAUCUCGGAUCUUUUGACCAGCGCAUGGUGGAAAUGGAAUCAAUAGCUUUCGCCUUACUGACGGAACCUCAUGUGAUUCUGUCAUUCUUAAACCCUGAGUCUACGAAGAACCUGGAAAAAUGGUUGCAACAAAUUAACAAGUUUGAUAUGCCGCGAAACAAUUGGCGGUGGUUCCGAGUUCUGGUGAAUUUGGCACUGAUGAAGGUACUGGGGUCCGACAAAGAGAAAGCGAGACAAGCCAUGGAUGCCGACUUUGAAUUGCUCGAUCAGUUCUAUCUCGGAGAGGGAUGGUCGUCGGAUGGUGCUUGGGGGGAAGACAGGAAGCAGGCAGAUUACUACUCUGGAAGUUUCGCCAUGCAAUUCGCACAGCUACUGUACGUCCACUUCGCAGUAGAUGACGUGAAAAGAGUCGCGAAAUAUCGACAGCAAGCGAUAGAAUUUGCGUCUGAGUACUGGAGAUACUUUGACACAAACGGUGCUGCUAUCCCCUUCGGUAGAAGUAUGACUUACCGAUUCGCCUGUGGAGCUUUCUGGUCUGCCCUUGCUCUCUCCGAAGUCCAAUCAUCCGAGCCGAGACUUAGCCUGGGUACAAUCAAGGGACUUCUCCUGCGGCACUUGCGAUGGUGGGCGAAACAUCCAGAGAUCUUCAAUUCAGACGGUACAAUGAAUAUUGGCUAUGCAUACCCCAACAUGUAUAUCUCAGAGGAUUAUAAUUCCAGACAGUCUGUGUACUGGUGCUUGAAGUCUUUCGUCGUGCUUGGGCUACCAUCAGACCACCCAUUCUGGACCGUCCAAGAAGAACCCCAUCCAAUCUAUGGCUUGAUUCCAAGCGCCAGACACCCCGACAAUGCAAGGACCUUUCCAGCACCUCACCAGAUAGUAUGUCACUCUGAAGAGCAUCAUUAUCUUCUAUCAGCGGGACAGAUGACUACUAAGAUGUUCAAAGCCAGAGAAGCAAAGUAUGGAAAGUUCGCAUACUCUUCUGCCUUUGGAUACAGCGUACCAACUGGCAUGGAACUCCACCAAAUUGCACCUGACAGCACUUUGACUGUGAAGUUGGAUGAAGAUGGACCGUGGAGGGUCAGGUCGCAGCCGGUUGACGUUCGUUUCGACACUAUACUUAUUCACUCUGCAAAAGGCCGUGGUCAUCUUCCUUCCACUACUAGCACGUGGAGACCAGUCGAGAGCGUGGACAUAGCAAUCCAGACGACUCUGAUUCCUUUAACUUACCACUACCCGGGAUGGCAUCUUCGUAUCCAUCGCAUAAGAGGCCUUGGAGCAGUCAAUGGCAUCCCGUGGUUUAACUGCUUCGAAAUGGUGGACAGCUCCUUCGCAGUAGACGCGCUCACGGAUGCAGGGUAUCAUAUUCCCGCGAACGACACGUCAAAGAUUAAGCAUCACGGGCAGUUCGCUGAAGGGUAUGUUACUGAGCAAGCUAGCGUCCUGGUCAAAUCUCGACGCGGAGUCAGUGGCAUUGUUGAUCUGACACCAAGCAUCCACCUCAAAGGAGGCCUUGCCCGCGAUCAAGCGAAGCUAGGACGCAGAGGUUAUCUGAUUCAAGCAGAUCCCAACACAAAUCUAGUCUCACAGAAGACGUUGAUUCCGUCCAUUCGGUAUUCUGGUGCAGGUGCCGCGGGUAAUCAGUCCAACAUGCCCGUCGCGUCGGAGGCUCCGCUAUCAGCUUUUGUUGUAACUGCAGUGUUUGGCGUGAGCAACGUAAAUCAGAGCAUGGAGCAUGUGCCUAAUGACUGGUACUAUCUCCAGGACGAUUGGGCCUACAAGAAUAUGCUAGAGAUUGAUGUAACAGCAGCUGGGGAAACACAUAUCAGUAUUCAACAGGUAACACCUCGGGGGGCCUCGGGAAGAGGGCCUACGUAG